CUCUUUGUUCACAACCUAUUUCACAUCAACGUGCCCACUUUCACAUUAUAUACAAUUGGAAAGAGCGAGUUAGUCGAAGGGAGAGAAAGAUUUUUUUUUCUUCAAAUAGGAGCAGAAAGAAAGAGGGGAGCGUAUGAAGAGGAGGAGAGAGGGUGAAAGCAAGGCAUAAUUAUUACUGAAGAAGAAGGAAGAGAAGAGAAAGAAGAGUAGGAGAAACAGAAAACAAAAAACAAAAAACAAAAAACAAAAAAAACAAAAACGAAAGAAAGAAAGAAAUAGAAGGCAAACGAUGAAGCAGGUUGGCACCAGCUUCGAUUUAUGAUAACUUCCACCGAGAGCAUUAGACAUUUCCAGAAAGCAAAAACAUUUCCAGAAAGAAACCCAAAGACCUAGGAUGGCCGCUACUGUCCUCGGGGGACGGAAUUCUCUCGAAACGACUUUUAUCUACGUUUUACUGGCUUCCUGUAUUUGUCUGUCUCUAACACAGCCGACUGUUCGCCAAAUACGUUUUUCUGGCGAUGGCUGUUUCGGUCGAAUUAAGUGGCCGCAUCACCCGUUUCGUAGAUUUCAUCGUGAGUGGAAGAAUCUGGUGGAAUCUGUACUGAUCGAAGUGAAACGACAGACAAACGAAAACAACGAACUACGCCAUGAAGUGGAAGAACUUCGGAACACGAGUGCUCAAUACAAGCAAUUGCUGAUGGACAUGGCUUCAAAUGUGGACAGACUCGUAAAGACACUGGUAGACAAAGAACAACAACAAUAUCAGAAACAGCAGAAACAGCAAUGUUCGUGUGAGUCCAUCGUUGACAACGCAGAGCUCGAAUCUAUGACCAGCGUGACACUGAAACCUGGGUUCGCAGUGGAAGAAGACAAUAUCAAAAAGAAAUCUUCGUCCCGCUACGCCAACCGGAUUAUCGAGGAUAACGCCAUUCUGUCUAAUUAUGGUUCGGGUGGUAAUGAUUUACGAAAAUCUAAAAUCGAAUCAGCCAAGAGCCCAACCACAGACACCUAUAACGACGGACCCAUUACCAGACAGUUUUUAAUCAAUGGAUCUUACCCGAAAGAUUGCGAUGAUAUUCUCUUAAACGGACGAGACAAAGAUGGGAUAUAUUCCAUCAAACCAAAUUUUGCCGCGAAACCGUUCCAAGUAGAAUGUGAAUUCAAAGACGGUAAAGCCUGGACAUUAAUACAGAAACGAACCAAUGGCGCUGUGGAUUUCUACAGGAAUUGGGAAGACUACAAAGAAGGUUUCGGCAACAUUAGAUCUGAAUACUGGUUAGGAAACGAGAAGAUUUAUUAUUUGAGUGUUCAGGCAACCUACGAACUCAAAGUUAAUAUGUGGGACUGGAGUGGAAUCACACACGGUCCUACACAACAGACGGGUAACUACUACGAAGGAGGAAGUUCCUUUUUCUACAUAGAAGACGAAAAGAAUUUCUACAGACUCCGAGUACCAGAGGUAAGUAAAUUAACUUGUUCCCUUAGUCGCCGGUUCAUUGUAGAAUACCUGGGUUUAAAUGUGACUGAUAUGCGAGACAUCAGGGUGAAUUGUUGA